UGUGACGUCAGAGGAUCAUUUGCAUACUGCGCAGUAUUUAAAGUGUGAUUGACGCUGCAGUCGUCACUCUGCUUCUGCGCCAACGGGACGUGCAUCUUAUAACUUAAUUUAGCUGAGCUGAAACCCAGACCAUCUGCAGACAUGUCUGACAAACCUGACGUCUCGGCAGUCGAAAGCUUCGACAAGAGCAAGCUGAAGAAGGCAGAGACCGCAGAGAAAAACACACUGCCAACCAAAGAAAUCAUCGAACAAGAGAAGGCGUCGGGACAAUGAAGACCAGUCCUGUGCACUGUACAUUCCACAAGCUUUUGCCUUUUUUUUCCCUGUUCCAAUAUGUAUUUCAAGUUUGAGGUACAAAUUGCCGAAACUAUGUAAAACUGUACAGUAAGGAAGUGUGGCUGAUGUCAGGAUGUUGCACUGGAUGCAUCGUUGGUGUUGCGUCUAUCAAGCAGAUGUGUCAUGAGGGAUCUACACUCUGAUUUGUACCCCUUCUCUGGCCAGUUGUGAAUUCUCACAUAAUGUUUUGUAACAAAAUCUGGAAUGCACAAGUUUGUUAAAUAUGCAAAAUAAAAAAUGUAAACUGA